AUGAGCUCAGCCGAACGUGUCCGGGUCCGGGGAGUCAGCAUUUACCGGCCUAUAAUCUAUGGAAACACAGCAGUUCUCAUUAAACCGGAGGAACGGUCAUCGGGGAACCCGCACCACACGCAUCGCUGGACGGUUGCAGUUCGGAGUGCUGCUUCUAACCCGGACUCUGGCAUCGUCGGCGGUGCUGACGACUUGUCAUAUUUCAUCAAGAGGGUAACGUUCAAGCUGCACGACACAUAUGCCAACCCCAACAGAAAUGUCGACAAGGCUCCCUUUGAGCUGACAGAGACCGGCUGGGGCGAGUUCGAAAUCCAGAUUCGAAUCACCUUCGUGCCAGACUCCGGUGAAAAAGCAUUGAUCAUGUACCAUCACCUGAAACUUCACCCUUGGACGCUCGACCCAGCGACGCACAAUCAGAUUCCCCCGUACGAGGAAGCCGUCAAAGCAGGCCCGGUCCACUCUUGGCAAUACGAUGAAAUCGUCUUCAUUGAUCCAUUUCAGUCGUUUCUCAAUACCCUCAUGGCUCACCCACCCACACCACUUCCGAAAGCCAAGCGAUCGGGGAGGUCUGUGCCGUUUCACUCCAAUCAUGCAACGCAGGAAUCGCUCGAUGCCAGCAAGGAAGGCGUACCGGAGUUCGUGGCGACGAUGGAACCGGAGGAACACGAACGAUUGGCGAACGCGCGCAGGACCCUUGUUGCUGAGCAAGACAAAUGGAGAGGAAUUCUCAUCGACAAGGAAAAGGAGCUCGAGAGACUCAAGAAACGGGUAGCGGCGUUGCAAUGAAUGUACACCGUGUUGGCCCAUGCCUGCUAGGAGAAUAUGAUUGUCAUCCAUGGCAUAGACGCUAAUUGCGGACAAUCGGAUUCCUCUCUUGCACAAUCAGUUAUUCUGAUAUUCGAGUCAUGCU